GAGCCGGGGCCUCCCAAGGCAGCUUCUGGGGACUCCAGGGUCACAGGCCACAGCCAGACACAGGGAGGCUGGAGGAAGUGAGAGGUGACUUCCUGCGCCACCCACCGCCAUGGCCCUGGCCCAGCAGCUGCGGGCUGAGAGCGACUUUGAACAGCUUCCAGAUGACGUGGCCGUAUCAGCUAACAUCGCUGACAUCGAAGAGAAGAGGGGCUUCACCAGCCACUUUGUCUUUGUCAUCGAGGUGAAGACAAAAGGAGGAUCCAAGUACCUCAUCUACCGCCGCUACCGCCAGUUCUACGCCCUGCACAGCAAGCUGGAGGAGCGCUACGGGCCAGAGAGCAGACGCGCCCCAGCCACAUGCAGCCUGCCGGUGCUGCCAGCCAAAGUCUUUGUGGGUGUGAAGCAGGAGAUUGCGGAGAUGCGGAUUCCGGCCCUCAACGCCUACAUGAAGAACCUCCUCAGCCUGCCGGUCUGGAUGCUGAUGGACGCCGAUGUCAGAAUCUUCUUUUACCAGUCGCCCUACGACGCGGAGCAGGUGCCGCAGGCGCUCCGCCGGCUCCGCCCACGCACCCGCAAAGUGAGGCAAAGACCCUGCUGCGCCCUCCUGCCUCACUCCAGCAGAAAAUGCCACCCAAACUCCGAGCCACCCACUGCACCCACCCAAACUUCCAAAGCCAACGCUGCUGCCUGUGAGAAUUCCAGGGAAGAAGCAGACAUGGCCUCCACACCUGUAAUCCCAGCACUCCCGAGGCUGAGGCAGGAGGAUCAUGAUUUUGAGCCCAGCCUGGAUGACUUAGGGAGACUUUGUCUAAACAAACAAACAAACCAGAAAAGACAGGACAGGCGUCCCGAGCCCAGCCUCCCUCCCAGCUCUCUCUUUGCUCUGGCCAGUGUGUCUGUCUCCAGCUCUCGGCUUUUGGCAUCCCCCUGUGUACCCAGGCAGGUGUGGCCCAAACCCCAGCUGCAUCUCCUGGGGCAGGGCCUGUCACAUCUCCAAGCCUUUGUUUCCCCAGCUAAAAAUUUUAGCUGAGAGUGGCUGUCAGGGGCAGGAGAAAAACAGUGGUGGAGGCUUCGUAAGCUGAGGGCACCAACAGAAGGGUUUCCCUCUUCCCAGCCCCCUCUGAGCCUCUUCCGGGCCCAUGUGGGGUCAGGGGAGUCUCACCUCCGGGGUGCAGGGAGAGUGACCGGGUAACCAUGGGGUAAGCACAGGUUCCUGCCAGGGAGCAACCGCACUGCACUUUAAAUCCUCUCUCUCCUGCCUUUCCUGCCCAUGCCAGGGUCCCUCUGAGAGCAGAGGCAGGAGCAUUGGAGGCUAAUGACCCCCUCUUCUCUC